CAACAAGCUUAGAGACUCUUCUCUGGUGUCUUCAAAGUAACCAUUCCAUCUUUGAAGGACCACAGCAUAUUAUUUGGACUUUGGAUGAUCAAACAUGUCUACUCUAACAACUGCUUUCGUUCCCUCUAAGUUUAAGCUUUCACUUUUGGGGCACCAUGUCUCUCCUUCUACGCAUAGAAAGAAAAACCAAACAGUUGUCCCUGUUGCAAGGUUGUUCGGGCCAGCUAUCUUUGAAGCAUCAAAGUUGAAGGUUUUAUUCUUAGGAGUGAGCGAAAUGAAACACCCUGCAGAUCUUCCAAGGACUUACACGCUAACCCAUUGUGAUAUCACCUCUAAAAUCACUCUUGCCAUCUCCCACACCAUAAACAACUCUCAGGAAAAAUGUGUCUCCAUGUUCACUGCCAUAUCAGUGGAGGUCAUCUUCUGCAAGGAACUUCCAGUGGUGUUGAAGGCCUUCUUCAUUCAAGGCGAUGAAAAUCUCUUCGAAGAAUGUUGGGGCCCACUGAAGGAUGCGUGUUCAUCCUCAACAUGA